AUGACAUCGUGGACAACUACUCCAGGUACCGCCGCCCGAGAAGACGUUUACGAUCCCGAUGAAGUGGUACCAAAAAACAGCCCAUUGUUUCGGCCCCGAGAGAGGGUCGACCUCAAGCUAUCCCCCACAUCAUCUCUGGAACUUGCCGACCAAAAUCGCGAGGGAGACGACGCCUCCAGCCCCGAAGGAUCAGAAGGCAAAUCAGGUCGCUCGGGACGCAGGGCAAACCUCGGUGAUGCGGUGCUGAUCUCAUUCCUCGAUACGGAUGGUAGGAAUAGGGAAACGGCGUAUCGAGCUGCGCGUCAGGCUCUACCCUCGGAUUGUUCCGACGAUACAGAGAACCUCGACUCGGAUGAUUCUGGCGACGAGCUUGGCGUCCUGGCUUCCAGUCGAAGAGGCAGCAAGACAUCUCAGAGCCAGUCUUUCGCUGCUCCAAGCGCGCCAAACAAGAUAGACGCUAUGUUAGUGGACGCGAGGACCACGCCGCGGCCCACAGGGGAAGGAUCCCCUCCAGCUUUAAAUGAUCUGCAAUCUCUGGCUAGCAGUGCCCUCGGCGCGCUGAAUUUUGGCGACCAUCGAGCUGGAAUCGGCAAUGUCAAGUCGCGGCCACCCACGACUCUCAAUGUAUCGUCAGAUCGUGACAGGAUCAUAGUGGAGAGGGGAGGUAGGCGCGAUGGCCCCCUCAAGAGCUCAGGGGGCGAGUUGGAGAGGGAUGACAAAGAGCGAAUAGCGGAAGACCGAAAUCCACCUCUCAGUGCCACAUCUCCAUACAGCCCGCGCAGUAGUGCAUACGCCCACUCGCCGCCGCAGUCGGGCCUCUCACCAAUGUACGCCGGGAUACUCAGAUCUCCAGCAUCAAUCUCGACACGCAACCACGCUGGUGAGCUGCCGCCGAUUCAAGGAGUUUCACCGAGGUCAGAUUCGAACGCUAGUCAAAAUCCUCUACCGUCCAUUCGCGAUACCUUUGGAGAUAUCAGCAGUUUUGGCGAGACAAGCCCCGGAAGUCGCCGCGGCUCAGUUUUCCCGCAUUCUCCGCCAGGUGGACUGCCGCCACUUGGCAGUUUGACCGUUGGUUCACCACCGCUGUCACCAAACGAAGGCUAUCGAAGAUCAGACAUCCCAUCGCCUGGAUACAGUCUCUCAGCCGCCCCAAGCCCUUACUACUCUCAUCACCCGGUAAACAAUUACCCGCGUCACAGCAUUGACUAUAGCAGCAGCAGCGCAACCGAGACUCCCGGCAGCACCGGAGAUUAUGUAUCACCGCCUGCGAAUGCGCAAACCGCUUCCUCUGAGCGCAAUAAUGCCGAAGGUCUGUCAAUGCAACAUGGGACCUUUGUGUGUACGUUUCCAGGGUGUCCCGCACAGCCGUUUCAUACCCAAUAUCUUCUCAAUUCACACGCCAACGUGCACUCUUCGUCGCGCCCGUGGUACUGUUCAGUCAAGAACUGCCCUCGUAGCGAAGGGGGAAAAGGUUUCAAGCGCAAGAACGAGAUGAUUAGACACGGUCUAGUGCACGAGUCACCAGGAUAUAUAUGUCCUUUCUGUCCAGAUCGGGAACAUAAAUACCCUAGACCCGACAACCUGCAGCGGCAUGUGAGGGUACACCAUGUCGACAAGGACAAGGACGACCCGUUGCUACGUGAGGUACUGGCUCAGCGUCCAGAUGGGCCAAGUCGUGGACGGCGGAGACGACAUGGUCCAGGAUGA